CCUGCCUUCUUUGUCCAUGGCGCUUAUGCAUUCUGGCGGCUCUGCAUUUCGACAUCAACGCACACGGCGUUAACGCAAGGAUUACUUGGUUGAGCCGUGUUACAUGCCUGUUGGAUUUCUACUGUAGUCUGUAGAUACUCAAAACUAGAUAAUCGGAAGAGUUGUUCUUGGUUGGCGUAACUUCACAUGAGCCGCUACAUUUGGGAGUUUCCCACCAUUGCUGCCUAAAUCAUGCAACAACCACGAAAAAGAGCGAUUGCAUCGUGCUCGCAAUGCUAUCUUCGGAAGCAAAAGGUAAACUAAGCCUCUUGGUUGCCCCACCUCAAACUUUUACCAUUACAUCCCUUUUGCCAUUAUACGAGUUGGUCGCUAAAACGUUGUCAUAGUGCGACCGCCAGUAUCCGUGCUGCCAUUGCAUUCGCAGACGAAGGCCAGAAAUCUGCAGCUAUGCAGUACAGCAUUCCUCAUCGAGCGACGGUGUCCGAAAUGCAUCUAAAUCGACCCAAGAAAAUCGGGUAUCGGGGGACGCACACAACAUAGCUGAUGAUUAUCGUGGCUUGAAACGAGUUCGACAAGAAAAUGUUGACCAGGGUGAAGAGGAUAAUGAUAACGAUAAUUCAAAUUCUCCAACGAGUCCAGAUUUACAUGGCCGUGGCCAGAAUGAAACGGGCCAGGAUACCUCUGAAUCUUCCGAGUUGGGCUUGCAGCUGGGACAGGCGACGAUGAUAAUAUAUCUCUGGCCCUUGGCUACUCGAACCAUGGCACCGAAAACCUAG